AUGGAUUCCCCGGUAGUUUCACCAUUGAUAAACCUUGUGGUGAGAGUGUUUACAAUAAUCCUUAUAUUCGCUUCUCUCAUUGUUCUUAUAUCUAUUGAUAAUAUUAGUUAUCGCCGGCUUGGUUUCUGUUACUAUGAUUACAUUCAUCAAAUUAAGUUCACUGAUAUUUUUGCUUAUCGUUACAUGCUUUCUGUGAUGGUUAUUGGGUUGGUGUGGGUUCUCAUUCAAUUUGUCUUCACAAUCUAUCAUGUUAGCUCUGGAAAUCCCGGUGGUAAUGCUUUUGCCCGUAUCGAAUUUUAUGGUGACAAGGAGAAGAUUAAGUUAAGGUUAGCAAUAAUGGGUUCCCCAGUAGUUUCACCAUUAGUAAGCCUUGUGGUGAGAGUGUUUACAAUAAUCCUUAUAGUGGCUUCUCUCAUUGUUCUUGCCACGGAUAAUAUUACUUAUGAGCUUGGUUUCUAUGGUAGCUCUUAUCAGCUUAAGUUCACUGAUAUUUAUGCUUACCGUUAUGUGCUUUCUGUGAUGGUUAUUGGGUUGGCGUGGAUUCUCCUCCAAUCUGCCUUCACAAUCUUUCAUUUUAGCUCUGGGAAUCCCCUUGGUGGUGAGGCUUUUGCCCAUAUAGAAUUUUAUGGCGACAAGGUAAUUUCAUACAUGCUAGGCACAGGGGUGGCUGCCGGUUUUGGAGUAACGGUUGACGCAAAACGGGCAUUAAAACUAGAUUCCAUUCAAAAUGAUUUCUUCAACAAAGCUAACGUUGCUGCUAGUCUUCUCCUUAUUGCCUUCUUGUUGUCUGCUAUUUCCUCUGUUUUUUCUUCCUUUAAUCUUCCCCGGGCUGUAACCACUGUAACCACUGCAACCACUCCAGCCACUCCGGCCACCGCUUAAUGCCACCUUGUGGAAAAAGUGAAUCCGCCGCUUUAUGGUGAAUUAUCUUGUCGGAGAUGAUUGACAUUUAACAGUAUAGUUAAAGAGAUUGAUUUUGUUGUCAUUUUGAAUGAUGUAAAUUCCUAUAUUUGUUUCCUCUUUGAACGUGU